ACUACAGCAUCUUCCAACAUGGCAGCCACGGCAAGUGGAUCCUCUUUCAACCUGCCGGUAGCAUCUUUGUUGCUGGUCCUGCUGCUAUGUCUGCAGUCGGGAGGCGGUCAAAAGAAGAAAGAGAAUAUGUUGGCGGAGAAAGUUGAUCAGAUGAUGGAGUGGAGCUCUCGUCGCUCCGUUAUCCGCAUGAACGGAGACAAGUUCCGCCGCUUCGUGAAGGCGCCACCCCGGAACUACUCUGUCAUCGUAAUGUUCACCGCACUGCAGCCCCAGAGGCAGUGCUCUGUGUGCAGACAGGCUAACGAGGAGUACCAGGUGCUGGCUAACUCCUGGCGUUACUCGUCCGCUUUCUCUAACAAACUCUUCUUCACUGUGGUGGACUACGACGAAGGCGCUGAUGUCUUUCAGCAGCUGAAUAUGAACUCAGCCCCCACGUUCAUGCACUUCCCGGCCAAGGGGAAGCCAAAGAGGGCCGACACCUUUGACCUGCAGCGCAUCGGCUUUGCCUCGGAGCAGCUUGCCAAGUGGAUCGCUGACCGGACCGAUGUACAGAUCCGGGUGUUUCGUCCACCCAACUACUCUGGCACCAUUGCUCUGGCUCUGCUGGUGUCUCUGGUGGGGGGGCUGCUCUACCUGCGCAGGAACAACCUGGAGUUCAUCUACAACAAGACCGGCUGGGCCAUGGCUGCCCUGUGCGUUGUGUUCGCCAUGACCUCUGGUCAGAUGUGGAACCAUAUCCGCGGCCCUCCAUACGCCCACAAGAACCCUCAGAAUGGCCAAGUGAGCUAUAUCCAUGGGAGCAGCCAGGCUCAGUUUGUGGCGGAGUCGCACAUCAUUCUGCUGUUGAAUGCUGCGAUCACCAUGGGGAUGGUCCUGCUGAACGAGGCGGCCACCUCCAAAGGAGACGUGGGCAAGAGGAGGAUCAUCUGCCUGGUGGGCCUUGGUCUGGUGGUUUUCUUCUUCAGUUUCCUGCUCUCCAUCUUCAGGUCAAAGUACCACGGCUAUCCUUACAGCUUCCUCAUUAAGUAAAGAUGUGCCCCCACUCCUCCCUCCGUAGACGGGCGUUGAAGCAGGAGGACCCAGAGCAUUGGACCAUCCAUCAGCUCAUGGGCAGAGCACAUGAUCUCAACACACAAUCCAGCCAAGAUGCUGUUUCUCCACAAAGGAAAAUAAAUCUCACUCUGACAACCCAAA